AAUAGAUUCUUGCAAGCAUUAUCAGUAUUUUGAUAUUUCAUUGUUGAGUUUUGUUAAUUCGCGCGACUUUUGUAUAAGGCAACUACAUAUAAUAGCUUAAAUAUAUAAAAAAGACUAACUUAAUUUUGAAUGAAGUUAUUUCAUUUAGUUCCCGAAUAAAAAAAUAAAAUUUUAAUUUUUAGUCAAACACGUGUCACUUUUUAACUGAUUGACGGGAGCAAAAUAGUAACCUCAAAAAUUGAAAAAUGGAGAUAAGGAGUAUUUUUACGAAAUGGGGAUUUAUAUUAUUGUUUGUGGUGUAUUCAAUUUUAUGGGUAAAUGCAUCAGAAGCGGAUAAACCGAAAGUGAGAAAAAUUGGAAAAGAUGUGCGUGACAUGACAGACGCUGAUUUGGAAAUUUUACUGGACCAGUGGGAGCAAGACGAUGAUCCAUUAGAACCAGAUGAACUUCCUGAACAUCUGCGCCCUCAACCAAAUAUCGAUUUAUCAAAGGUAGAUUUGUCAAAUCCAGAUAAUAUUCUCAAAGUAUCGAAAAAGGGAAAAAGUACAAUGAUGUUUGUUGAUGUCAAUCCUGAGCUUACACAAUCUGAAGCUGAUAAUAUUUUGAGCAUUUGGCAAACUAGUCUUCAAAAUAAUCAUAUUAUUGCAGAAAGAUUUCCAAUAGAUCAAAAGAGAGCAAUAUUUAUGUUUCGAGAUGGAUCGCAAGUUGUAGAUGCUAAAAAUUUUCUUAUUGAACAACCUGAAUGUUCUUAUGUUACAUUAGAAGGUCAAAACUAUAUUGGAAAGUAUGCUAGUACAGUAAGUAAUGUCUCUUGAAUAAUAACAGUUAAAAUAUAACUAUUCAUAUAUUUGAUUAUAUUUCAUUUCAGGAUGUAAAGAAAAAACUAGAAAAAUUAAAACCUAAAUCUAAAGAAGAUAAUGUGAAAGAAACUCAAAAAACAGAGUUAUAAUAAUUGUUUAUUAUAUAAGAUGAUUUUCCAUAGGUAUUAAAAUUGGUGAUUAAUCUUAUUAGCAAUACCGUGAAGCUUAUUAUUCAAGUGAUAUUGAAAAAAACAUUUUAUUCCAUUAUAAUUUUAGUUUUAGAAAAAAUAAGAAAAUUCU